CAUUAGUAGUUGCUAACAAGAAGAAAUUAAGAAGGACAGCGACACAACAAGCUCGAGGUACACAGCUACAGCACGGCCUGCGACGACUAGAGACACCUAUGACCUAUCUCGAGAAAUGCCCGGAGAGAGUGGAAGAGGAAACACCACCUACUCUGCGAUCACCUUUAUUUAAGGAGGCCUGUGCUGUCCAUAUAGAAGAUACCGAAAGAUCCGGUUGCCCUCUCUCUGUUUGCAGUGUUUUUCGUCCAGAAUUUCAGAUGUAGUGGAGGUUUUGCGGUGGAACGAGGAGGAUCGCCGAGUUUUGCUUGUUCGUAGCCAAGGACGCUUGCGACAUAGGUACACAUCGUCUUGAAGCAUUCGAUCUUCUUGCAGCAAUGGUGAUGACGAUAAAGGGCAUCUUCAGAGGGUUGAAGAUCAUCGCUCAAAUAUUCACAGUACAGAGGGAGCAUGAGAUUGAGAUCGGGUACCCUACGGACGUGAGGCAUGUGUCGCACAUAGGGUUCGGCGCUAACGGCUCCUGUCCAAGCUGGAUGAGUGAAUUCAGAGGAGCAGAGGACGUAAUGGCGGCAGCAGCAGGAGGAGGAGCAUCCAUAAGCUCUGAUGCGCAGUCGACGCAGACCUCCUGGGCUUCCCUAGUGUCUGCUGCAGACUUGGAGCGACCGGCAGGCGGCGUGCUGCCGCCGGCAGAGGUCUCCACCACCGACAGCUCCGCCGUGCGCGACGCCGCCAUCGCCGGCACCCCAAGCGGCGCCGCGAGGAAGCCGACGACGAGGCCAAAGAAAGCCCGGACGCCGUCGCCAGCCUCGAGGUCGUCCUCAUGGCGCUCCACGGGCUCGUCCGCCACCGCGUGCAGCGACUCCGGCGAGCUGCUCCCCGCCGGCCUGCGAGCCGCCUGAUCGAUAUCGCGGCAGAGGGCGGCGCCUCCGCGGUCACCGUACUUGUACAUGCUCCUGACACGGUUUGUUGCCUGUAACGUUUUCUUGGGUUUGGUCUGUUUGGUUUCCGGGCGUGGUAUGAAGAUGGAGCCUAGUUCAGUUUCGUCAGAAAAAGGACAGGAACCGAGUGAAAAACAAGAGAGCAAGCAAAUUGGCUGUGUCCAUGCGGUCCCUUCGCUUGCUGAAUGGUUCUGGUUGCUGAAUGAUGGACUGUCGGCAGCAAUAGCAAGAUCACGUUGACGCCAGGGCUGGAGAAUCACUAGCCUCUUCAGGAAUUUUUGACAUGAACAAACUCUUGGGGUUGGGGGACAUUUGUGUUUGAAUUCCUCUGCACUUCACUGUCCGAUGCCCCAAGAAGUCUUGUUUUCCAUGGUCGGUCACAUGUGGCAACCGGCGAGAAAGGUCCUGAGCCACCAUCAGUCCAUCACCGCCACCAGCCUUCUCGGGGCUCCGCGUGCAGGCAUGGCCGCAGGUCGAGCUCUCGCUUUCGUCGCAGCCAGGUCAAGUCUCGAAUAAAUUCGCCAGCACGGUCGCGAAAGCACCACCCUCUCUGAACACAAGAAGGAAAGUUCAGAACUGUUUCUGAAAAAAGGUUGUUAGAGGGUGUUUAGUUCAUGAAAUGUUUUGGGUUUGGGUACUGUAACACUUUUGUUGUUAUUUAGUAAUUAAUAUCUAAUUAUAGACUAAUUAUGCUUAAAAGAUUCA